AUGCGGCGACCUAUACAGAUUACUAGAGCGCAUUUCGACUUCGAUUCGAAUCCAACAUUUGGCCUCGCCGACCUGGCGGAUGAGUUCAACCGAUCCAGAGUAUACAAUGGCGAGACCAAGAGAUGCCUCGGUGGCAUUUUGGCCCAGCUCAUUGACCUAUACAUUGUUUUGACCGAUAUACUGAUGCUUGUGUUCCCACUGGACGACACACCGGGCUGGGGUCGAGACAUGAACCCCGAGGACGUUGGCCGUGUGAAAGAGUGCAAAAUGGCCCUCAGGCGAUGGAACAAGGACUCCACCCUCCGGUUUCCCAUGUUCAGCGGUGCACAGACAACGCAGUCGACGGCCGGGAGGAGGCACCAGUGCAGUCACGAUUCAGUGAUCCUCUACACCAACCUCAUGUACAUGUACUAUCACUCGACCCGUGUCGUGCUGUGCCAUCACGAAAUUCUUCACUUGGCUAUACUGCAAGCCGCACCCAACAGCGAUGACCGUAUCACAGGGGACUUAUCCGUCAUCUAUGAAAACCGACACGAGCUCCAGGAUGCUGCUUCUGGGGUCACCGAAUGCCUGAAAGAGCUCGUUCACCUCAAGUUGGCCCGUUGGCUGCCCAUCUCGGCAGUCGCAUGCACUGCGCUGCCUCUUGUUCUGAACAUACUCGACGUCAAGCUAUCCUCAUCAGCAAAUGAAUCCAAUCUUGACUCAAGCGCUGCUUCUGCGCUGAAGCAGCAUCGGCUGAACAUCCUCAUUGAAGCCAUGCGGACCUAUCAACCACAGUACGACGGCGUGGACUGGGUCAGCGAGAUUAUCCGGCAUAUUGUCAAUCUUGCUCAGAUUGAGAAACCAGCUUCCCGUGAGCCAGGCACGAAGGUUGGCAUCAAUGAUUGGACGGACAUUCUGGCAUCGCAGCCGAGCUCAUAUCUCCGGCUGGCAUUGGCCCUGGAUCUAAGUCUUAGCAAGGGAAGACUUCCUGAAGACGGCGACUUCCCCGUAAGCCUCCGCGGCCUCUUCACUGGUGGCUUCAGCCCGCUCAAGUCGCUCGUCGAUGCCAACAGAUUCGGUGAGCAGGCCAGGGCACCAGACACUAAGUUUUCAGAGUCGCAGCGCUCGAAUAUCGACCAGAGGCAUCAGUCGCAGGAAGAGCUUGACUCGCAAGGCUCAAAUCAAUCCCCUACUGAUUCGUACAUGACCAAAUCAGACGAGGCGGCACAUGAGGUCCUUCGCGACCAAAUACGUUCUUGCAUUAGACUUGAUCGCCCAGCGGGCACCAACAUGCCCCCCUCUGAAGGACUCGAUGGACUGGGACCGCUGGGCAACGAUGUCUUCUCGCUGGAUGAGUCACCCAACUCAACAAGCGACUUUGGUGGCAUGUACAUUGAUGGGCCGAUGCCUGACGUCUCUGCGGAGUGGAUCGAGAACCUCUGGGGCGAAAUGGGCGAAAUGGAAGACAAAACAGACAGGGACACUGCAAGGGUCCUUCUGGAAGCCUUAAAAGAAGGCGACAUGGGGGAGUGUGUACGCUGA